GAAGUGAAGGCAGGUCACUCUCACACGUUUCGUUCUUCUUCGGCGGUGAUGCCAAACCAAAUAUCCUACCUGGGAUGGAUUUAGAAGACGCUUUUCAGGUUGUCGGCGAGUUUGGACCGUACCAGAAGCGGGCAGUGGCCGUCCUCGUCCUGACGCAGUUGUACAUGGCCUGUCAGUCCAUGCUGAUCGUUCUGGUUGGAUCUACACCCGAGUAUCGGAUCGAGCAGGAGAAGAGCGGCGGCGUCCCGUCCGGUCAGCAGGAGCUCCUCCAGCGCGUCACCUUUACAGAGGACAUCGACUCCAUAGUGACCGAGUGGUUCCUCAUCAAGCAUCAGGCCUAUAAGGUCAGUCUCGCCGGAUCGCUGUUCUUCGCCGGGCUUCUGGUUGGGAACGUCGUCUUUGGGCCGCUGUCCGACAAGAUCGGCAGGAGACCUGUUUACCUGACAGGUCUGUUCUUUGAGGUGAUCUUUGGUUAUGUGACCGCAUUAGCGCCCAGCUACGAGGUGUUCGCCGUGUCCCGCCUCCUGGUGGGGCUGAUGAACGGCGGCAUCGGCCUGGUCUGCUUCGUCCUCACCCAGGAGUAUGUGGGCAAGUCGUACUGGGCCAUGACGGGGACGUUGACCAGUAUGACGUUUGCGGUCGGUAUCGCUCUGUUCGGAGCUCUGGGUUACUUCAUCCGGCCGUGGCGGAGCCUGGCCACAGUGGCCAACUCGUCGGGCGUCCUGUUCUUCCUGCUCUCAGUCACUCUCCCUGAGUCUCCUCGCUGGCUGUAUUCUCAGGGUCAGACUGAACGAGCUGAAGAGGUCCUGCGCUACAUGGCGCUGAGAAACGGCAACGCGGCCAACCGCCUGAGGCUGCAGCGGGUCAGCGGCGCCAAAGCCGGUAACCGUGACAACAGGGGCGCUGGCGUCCUGCAGCUGGUGAUCCACCCAGUCCUCAGGCUGAGGACCAUGGUGCUCAUGUACGUCUGGUAUGCGUGCAGCCUGGUGUACUACGGUCUGACUCUUGGGGCCAGUGAGACCUCAGGUAGCCGCUAUGUGAAUGUCGCCAUGUACGGCCUGGUGGAGCUGCCCGCCUACCCGCUCUGCAUAUACUUCAUCAACAAGCACUGGGCUGGGAGGAGGAAAAGCAUGGCCAGCUUCCUGUGUCUGGCCGGCUCCGCCUGCCUCUGCACCACGUUCAUCCCCGAAAACACGGGGACUUUGCUCAGCGUCACGUCGUUGGCGCUUCUGGGGAAACUGAUGGUGAGCGCGGCGUUCAACAUCGCCUACGUCUACACCUCUGAGCUCUACCCGACAGUUAUCAGGAACGCUGGUCUGGGGGUGUGUUCAAUGUCGUGCAGAGUUGGAGGAAUCCUCGCACCAUUUGUUCCUUCCAUGCGGGCUCUCCACAGCUCCAUGCCCUUCACUGUGUUCUGUCUGAGCGGACUGUCCGCCGGCUGCCUCGGUCUCCUGCUGCCCGAGACCCUCAACGGACCUGCAGCAGAAACUCUGGAGGAGCUGAGCAGCCCGACCCGCGGCCGAGUGCUGGAGAGCAAGGCUCUUCUCUACGAAGACGACAAAUGGAAACCGAACCACAAGUGAAGCCGGCGGCCUCGUCUUCAUCACCGGAGCGGCUCAGAGCAGCGGCGUAGACGCACCUCGUUCCUCGUGGACCUGCCGCCUCAAAACGGCGAACUGUCCCUUUUUUAAUUAACACGAAGGACCGAUCACCAGCUUCGCUUCUUACGUCCGUGAAUUGUGACGUUUCAAAAAUGAUGGCGGGGAGCCGCUGAUGCUGACCUUCAGGAAAAGGGUUCGAAGGUUCGACGGUUCCUCCUGUAUCUGAUUUUACAGAAAAACCAAAUAAUCAAUCCUCUGCCUUUUAAUUAAUAUUCCUGGAUUUCAUCGUGGUGUUUGUGCCUUAAUGGGUGGCGGGCAGCCGGGACAGAUGUGAGACUUACGUGACUUUCAGGAGACGCUGGUAGUUGUGUGUGAAAAACACCAGCAACAAAUCAAAGUAUAGCCAUGGGAACAAUCAUCAUCAGCAGGACUUAAUGGAAGAUGGGAAGUUACAAUCUUAAUCACCAUGUUGAGGUCAGAUUUAAAGGAUUUAUAUGUUUCUAAAAGGUCCUGCUACACGUUCAGACCUGUGACACCGAAUCUAGACGCCAUACGCCUUAACCUGCUGAUCCAGCAGGACGCCUGUCGUUGUCUUUGCUGUGGUGGACGGUUGAGGAACUGUAUGUAAAGCUGUGGUUUGUGCGUCGCAGGUAGAAAAGGCAGAUGGUUUGAUCAGGACGUGUAGAAAAGGUCGGGUGGGUGAAAACAUUUCUGAUGACCUCACGGGUCUUUAGUCGCAGUGCUUGUGCAGCAGGAAGGUACGGUCGCGUCGGUGGGAGCUCGUAGAGUUCACCUCCAUUCACCUUUUGAUUGGUGGACUCUCACUGAUAACCAACAGAACCAGUGAUCCACCGCGCUUGAAAAUGGAGAACUCAUUAUUUUAGACCACAAACCGCCGCAUCAGAUUUUUCACUUUGUGAUCGACAUGACGAUCACAACCUUUUUCUGGGGCCGAGAGCCGGACAGUUAGACGGAAAUCUAACGAGCUAAUCGGCUGAGAGAUGCAGUCUUUUGAGGAAGCUGAGUUGUCAGUUUCAUGGCGUCUUUAAUGCAGAGACAGUGACAUGUGACAGGACAGCGCAGGAAAGCUCAUGAAGAAAAAAAUUUGGGUAGAAAAGGGCAGGAACGACUUCAAACCUCGACACUGGGACUCACCUGUUGAGUGUUGGAGCUGACGCCGGUAUUAGUUGCUGGAAAUUCUUCAGCACGAACGAAAUGACGGUGACGUGGACUCGAUGUGGUAUCAAGAGGGUGCAGCUCAGUUGUUGUUAUCAGGUGUGAUAUCAACCCGAACAGAACACAGAGAUAACGUGUUUCUCCACCAGGCUGAUAUUGUCGGUUUCCAGCUGAUUAGAGAAGCUGGUGACAACGGGACCAACUUGUGCUUAUUUAUCUUCUCUGAUAUCAAGGUCUUUGAGUGUUUGUUUGUGUGUGUGGUGGCCACUGCGGUAUGAUUAAAACUGUAUCUGUCAGUAAAUUAAAAGACUCGGACACAAAAAAGAAGAAGAAGAAGAAGUUUCGCAAGAGGUUCUGGUAACUGCAGGAGGAAGGUGGAGUCUGUAAAAAUAAACCAAGCGUUUCGUGGUAGCGGUUGCACAUAUCUAUUAUUAUCGUUGAUGUGAGAAACAAAGUCGUCGUCAGGUUCAUGAAAACAUACAAGGACAUGUCAGUUUACACGUUAAUAAAUAACCAUGUGUCAACAGAAAUAGUAAUCAUGAAUCAAUAAUCAAUCAAACCGUCACUGAGAGACGAGGCUUGAACUGAAGGAUUUAAAUGAGGUUGACGACAGAUGGAAACACUUCUGUGCCUUUAACACUGAUGAAGCUGAUUCACUUUGGAUGUGGAUUGUUAAAAUGAAAAAAUCUUAUUUGAUAUUAUUGGUGUAAACUUUGGCUAAGAUGUUUUAUAUGCAGUCAUUUUGUAUUGUGUUUACAAUCGCACUAUUAUGUAGAUGUACUGUACUGUAUUAUAAUGAUAUCUAAGUGUGGUUCCUUUAAACUGUAAUAUGAUCUAUUUAUGCUGAAGGAAGUAAACGGUUGAGAACUUUCUUGUA